AUGGACCUCGAGCACCGCAUCAAGGCUUACCGCUUCGUCGCCUAUUCGGCGGUCACCUUCUCGGUGGUCGCAGUCCUUUCGGUCUGCGUCACGCUGCCGAUGGUCUACAACUAUGUCCAUCACGUCAAGAGGACCAUGCACAAUGAGAUCAGCUUCUGCAAGGAAUCCGCCAAGGACAUCUGGAGCGAAGUCAACCACCUCAAGAACAUCCCAGCCGGAAACAGAACCGCCCGUCAGGCUGGAUACGGUGAUGCCGGAGUAAGCGGAGGAUCUGCUAGCGCUGGUGGUCGCUGCGACUCUUGUUGCCUUCCAGGAGCCGCUGGACCAGCUGGAACCCCUGGCCAGCCCGGUCGCCCAGGAAAGCCUGGAGCACCUGGUCUGCCAGGAAAUCCAGGACGCCCACCACAGCAGCCAUGUGACCCAGUCACUCCUCCUCCAUGCAAGCCAUGCCCACAAGGACCCGCUGGACCAGCCGGACCUCCAGGACCACCUGGAGAUGCUGGACGUGAUGGACAACCUGGAGCUCCAGGAAACGGUGCACAGUCUGGUCCUCCCGGACCAAAGGGACCUUCAGGACCCAACGGAAACCCCGGAGCACCAGCCUCAACUCCUCUCGUUCCCGGAGAACCUGGACCAGCUGGAAGCGCUGGACCUCAAGGACCACCCGGACCCAACGGACAGCCAGGACAACCCGGAUCAGCUGGACAGCCCGGACCCAAAGGACCCAACGGACCCAACGGACAGCCCGGAUCAGAUGGAAACCCAGGUGCUCCAGGACAAUCUGGACAGCCCGGUGGACCAGGAGAGCCAGGAAUCUGCCCCAAAUACUGCGCUAUCGACGGUGGAGUUUUCUUCGAGGACGGAACUCGCCGUUAG